ACAGCUUCAAAGAUCCGGCACCGCCAGCAACUCGUCGAGCCACAAUCUGCGCCGCACCACCCAGCAACAUUUGCUGGAUCGCACCGCGUCAGAAUGGCCUCCCACUUCCAGAUCCAGAAGCCAUACGUGCUGGCUUCGCUUCCGCGGCCUGUCGAUCCGACCACAGGCCGUUACGUUGUCGGCAAUGUCUUCGGUUCCCUGCCCGGAUCUCGCAAGCGCAAGCGGUCCGAGCUGGCCAUUGGCACUGAUGGCGACUCCAUGAACAUCUACGACGUUUCCUCGUCGAGGCUCGUCACUUCGUACCCGAUCCCGCCCCAGUCGUCCUUCUCAUGCCCUGCCUAUUCUGUACGAUGCCGAGUCCCCGAAAGCAGAGAUGUGACGCGUUAUACCUAUGUCGCGACUCGUGAUGCCCCCGAAAACACAAUCACCCUGUUCAAAGACUACGUCGAUGCAUCGGGCAAGACCACCGCCACAACAAAGACUUUGGCGCUUGGCGCAGGAUCCCCCGUCAUCUUCCUGACCCGCACGUCGACCACUGCGGAUGAGGAAGAGGUUCUGUUGGUGCGGACAAACGGCGAGGUUAUCAGCUUGGAUCCAGAGACACUUCAGAAGAAGUGGCAGAGCCCCCCUUCAACUCUCAAGCAUGGACUUGAGCCGGCUUCCCUUAAGGAGGAUCUCGAAAUUGAGUUCUGCAGCUCGGUUCCCGUGGCUGAUGUGGUCCAGGGGCUCUUCAAGGGCAACACGGCAUCGUUCAGCUUGUUUCCUGCCUCUACCCUCACCAAGGAUUCACCCACGGAAGUCCUGGUCCUGGUCUCGAGAUCUUCAUCCCAGCGCCACAUCCACGUCGCCGGCGCGCUUCCAAGCAAGCAGAACUCGCUCGGCCUGGGCCAAAAGAUUGCCGCAGUACACGUCGCUCCUCUACAGACUUCCUACGUCAGGUCACCUGGACAGGCCAAGCCACAGUACCAUCUCGAUGCACGGGCAGGCCAUCUUCUUGAGCUGGCAAACGACGUCUUGUCCACAUACGACUUGACCUUGAGCACACCCCGACCCGCCAACACGAUCGAGCUCGAGGAUGCGACUUCAUUCCUUCGGCUAACUCAGACAUCCUUGCUGUCAUCUGCCAAUUCCCAGCUCGACAUAUAUAACCCCCUGUACCGAUCGCUUCAAAGCUCGACGCCUCUCGAGAUUGAGAACAACGCCAACGUCUCCACCCAGAAGAUCGCGCUCGUCUCAUACUUUUCCAAGAUUGAGCUAGCCAUCGCCAUUGUGGACUCGAGCUUGGUGGCUAUCCAGCUCGAGGCCCCCAAGGCUCGGACAAAGAAGCGGCGCGCCGAGGGCUUACUCGUCGACUCGCUCGGUCGCGGCAUCAGCAACAAGGAACGCCAUCAGAACCUGACGUCUUUCCGUGUGCCCAAGCCCUCGGCUUUCGCCAACUACCUGCCAGGAUCCCUGAAGGAUAACUACUGGGACACGUGGAAGGCGGAGGAGGCCCAAGCCGACAAGCUGCUGGCUGAGAACAACAUCGUUGCAUUCGAGACCCUCCUUGCCCCCAAAUUCAGCAUCAAGAUUCUUGAUGAGUCCCAGGUCAACGGCGCGGCACAGGCCGACGACGUUGCUGCCGGGUCCUCGCCGGCUGGCCUCACCUGGAGAUGGCCAAGGACCCGGGAGUCGUACCACUAUGCCGACCGGCGCUGGAUCCUCUACGGCAUCAGCCGCGCCUUCAGCUGGAACAGCGAGCUCGCCGGCGGCGACGACACUGUGCCGCAGCUCACCUGCCAGCUGCCGCAGAGCAACCUGGUCUACUACCUCGUGGACGCCGGGCACCUGACCCUGUCCAACGUCAAGGCGGCAUUCCGCGAGUCUCUCGGCCACAGCGGCAAGUCCGACGCCCACAUCGCGGAGCAGCUUGUCCAGCGCCUGGCAGACCUGGACCCGUCCCUCGAGCUCCUGACAGCGUACAUCUCCGCGACCACUCUCAACGCCGUGGAGCUUCUCAUCGCCGUCCGCACGCUGAUGCGCAGCCUCGAGCUCGUCCAAGACCCGCGCCAGCCCCCGCCCAAGCUGCUGACGGACGGGUCCGUGGAGCAGGAGGAAAAGACCGAGGCCAUCGAGCAGAUGGAGAUUGACAGCCUCGAGGCGCAGGUCGAGCGGGCCGAGUCGUACCUCAACGGCGACGGCGGCAUCCGCGGCAGCGGCCUGAGCGUGGCCUUUGCCAAGCUCGCCAACUGCCCGGCCGUCGCGACCAUCAAGACGCUGCGCGCGACGUUCAAGCCCGAGGAGAUCCUGUCGCUCAUCUACCUGCUGCGCGUGGAGCUCGUCAAGGGCGCCUGGACCUCGCGGUACCUCGACGUGACCGACUUUGAGCAGAACGAGGACCUCGAUGCCCCGCCGGACAACAUCAUCAAGCUCAUUGCCGACCUGCUCGGCCGCUGCGUCGAUUCGCUCGGGCCCGGCGGGUGGCUGCUCAACGACGCCAUCCUGGCGGGGGACGAGUCGGGAGACUUCAUCUCGUCGCUCAAGCUCGAGGUCAGCGCCGCGCUCGAGGGCCUCGAGGAGGCCGUGUACCUGCGCGGCAUCGUCGGGGAGACGGUCAAGUACGCCGAGGCCGCCGCCGCCGUGGCCCACCUCACGACAGCCCCGGCUAGCACCAGCAGCACCACCACACCACAAGCAGCGACGAACGAGAGCACAGACGGCGCGAGAGGCGACGAGGGGGCAGCCAUCAUCUCUGCUACCAACGCAGUGGGCAAGGCCUCGACGGCGAAACCCCUGGCGCUGCACAUCCGGGAGCCUGGCUCCGAGGCGCUCCCCUUGGGUCUCAAGACGAAGCAGCAGGCUGUGACGACGACCAAGAUCGUCUCGGGUGGCGAGAUCCUGAAGCGCUCGAGCAGAGAGACGGGCCACCUCCGCAGUCAGCAGGUCGGGCCGUACUCGCUGGAGCGCAUCGCUAUCUGAGUUUGUCUUAUCUAUGGGGAGGAAAUAGGGGGGCGUCUCAGCGCACAGGUUGUCGAGGAAGAGAGAAGAGAAUGGGCCGAGUCGCUAUCGGGUAGCGUAUCCGGGCCGGAAGUCUUCCAGAAUGCGGAGAAGCAAGGCUGUGCUAGUGGGUGGGUGUCACAAGGUGGCGCAAAUGCCCCGCCCGGCUGAUAUGUUGAUUGACCAAGGCAUACUUACAAUAUAUACAGUUGGAGAUCAUGACGAAU